AUGGCUGCGCAAAUCCCAGCUUCUAUGAAGGCCCUGGUUGGGAACCGGUCUAUUUGCUCUCGGAUUGCGAACUUCGCCUUUGGUAAAUCAUCUGGAGAUGGUGUACUAGUCAAGAACGUACCGGUGCCUGAGAUUUCCGAUACUGAGAUUCUGGUCCAGGUUUCAUGCGUUGCGCUGAACCCAACCGAUUUCAAGCAUGUCGAUUUUCUGUCACCUAAGGGUGCUAUCAUUGGUUGCGACUACUCAGGAACAGUCGCGAAAAUUGGGUCCAAUGCCCCCGGGAACUGGUCCAUUGGAGAUCGUGUUGCUGGCGUGACCCACGGUGGCCUCUACUAUGAUAAGGGCUCUUUCGCGGAGUAUCUCAAGAUCCCCGGGGACUGGGCCUGGAAGGUCCCUUUUUCCGUGACUGACGAGGAAGCCACCACAUUCGGUGUAUCUGCUGCCACUGCCAUGUUGGCCCUGAACACUCGCCUGGGCGUCCCCUGGGUUGACGGGAAUAAAGACCAGGGAUCAAGGGAUACGCCUAUCUUGAUCUAUUCCGGAGCCACAGCGGCCGGACUUUACGCCAUUCAGCUGGCCAAGCUGGCGGGACUGACAGUCAUCGCCACUGCAUCCCCACGCUCACACGACCUGGUGAAGGAGUACGGUGCAGAUGCCGUCUUUGACUACCGAUCACCAACUGCCGCUGAAGAGAUUGUUCAUGCAUACCCAAACAUCGACAGAGCUCUGGACUGUUUCUCUGAGGGCACGUCGACAGAUUUCUGCGUCAAUGUCGUCCGCAGGAACAAAGGCUGGGUGGUGACCCUGUUGGACAGUAAGAAGACGGAGUCCGAAGGCGUGAAGAUCGAGUUCUUGCUGGCAUACUCGGUCUUUAACUCUGAGUUCCAAUGGCUUGCGCCUAUCGGACCCAAGUUUCCCAAGAAGCCCGCAGACAAUGAAGCUCUGCGCCGAUUUUAUGCUUCAUUGCCGGAGGUCUCAACGAAGCUCAAGACGCCACCUCUCAAGAAAAUCAAGGCAGGGUUUGAGAACCUGAGCGUUGGUCUUGACAUGCUUCGCCAGGGUCAAGUAUCUGGUACUAAGGUGGUGGCAUCCUUGAAAUGA